UAUAAGUCGUCGUGGAAUAUACUACAAAAAAGAAAAUUAAAAAUUAAGAAAAAAUUAAUCUCAAAAUAAUAUGUUUUGAUUUUGUGAUAUUUUUAAACAUUACCAUGAUUAAUUGUGCUAAACUUCAAAAUAAGCAGUGAAAUUAUUUGAAUAAAACAUAAUUUCUUAGCAAAAUAUAUAUAGCAAAUAUUAACACCAUAAUGGAUCUCUCAUGUUCCAGAUUAUCAUGUGUGAACACAAAACAAAUUUCAACAAUAAAAGUUUUAGCAUUUGGCAACCUGCUUCUCAACUAUAAUGCAAGCAUAGACGAUCCAAAUAUUUUGAGGCGCCAUAGACAGAGUUGGAACAAAUUUGAUGCGGAUGUGAAUUUUGAUAAAUUUUCAGAAAUCACAUCCGACAUAAAUAUUAAUGAGAGUCUGAAAGUUGAACUCUCCGGAUCUGCACUACGAACUGUGCGUGCCUUAAGACAACUGGGAACAGAGGCAAUAUUUUUUAGUGCAUGCGGUGAUGAUCAGGCGUCAAAAAUAAUCAGUCGGCUACUCAAAAUGGAAGAUAUGGACAGAAGUUUUCUACGAGUCCAAACUGUGGAGAAUGUUCCAACUGGACGCAGAGUAUCCUUAUCAUACAAUGACUCCAGAGCCUUGUAUACGAACUGUGGUGCUUCAGCUCAGUUUUCCGUUAAUUUCCUUGAAUUUGCAAUUAACGAUAAAAACUCGUCCAUCUUGAGGCCAGAAAAUCGUGUUCAAAUCUUCUACAUUGAAGGGUAUUUUAUUCCCAAAAGAGAAGCGGUGACCACUUUCAUUGUUCGUAGCUAUAUUCAGGGUCGUCGAUAUAUCGCCCUUAAUCUCAGUGCCGAACACAUAGUAAGGCAGAAUUUUAAUCAUUUGCUGUACAUAGUGAGUAAUGCUCUCUUUGUAUUUGGAAAUUCGGCAGAGUUUCACGAAUUCUGCGAAUGUUGGGGUGCCUCAAGUACUAGAGAAUUGGCCGAGGGCAUUGUAAAGAAUAAACAAUCGCCUAUAAUUUUUGUUAUAAACAAAGGGGCCGAUGGCAUUGAUUUGAUUAGUAACUAUUUUCGUGAAGGUUGUGCCCCUGGACCACUGACCUUUCAAACAUUCAAUGUACCACCGUCAGCUGGCGAAGACGAUCCUUCGGCCGAAGUGUCAGAUGCCUGUUUUGUGGCCGGCUUUUUGCAUGCGUGGUUGCAGAAAAAGGAAUUAAGUCAAUGCGUACGUGUGGGUUGCCACUAUGCUGCCAAGGGAGUACAGCCGGGCAGCGGAUCAGAAUCAAAACCUACAACACCGACAUAAUAUUGAGAGCGUUAAAAUUGUAUCUAAAUUAAAAUAAAUAUUCUUUAAUAUCUAUAUAGAAUGUGUUCUUCACACACUGACACACACUUUAAUAAAUUAUUUGCAAUAAAACCUUAUUGCAUUUCCCAUUA